AUGGCUGCCCAAGGAGAACCCCAAGUUCAGUUCAAACUUGUUUUGGUUGGUGAUGGUGGUACUGGAAAAACUACAUUUGUGAAGCAUCAUCUGACUGGUGAAUUUGAGAAGAAGUAUGUAGCUACCUUGGGUGUUGAGGUCCAUCCUCUUGUGUUCCAUACCAACAGAGGACCUAUUAAGUUCAAUAUAUGGGAUACAGCUGGUCAGGAGAGAUUUGGUGGGCUGAGAGAUGGGUAUUAUAUACAAGCUCAGUGUGCCAUUAUAAUGUUUGAUGUAACAUCAAGAGUUACUUACAAGAAUGUACCUAACUGGCAUAGAGAUCUGAUACGAGUGUGUGAGAACAUCCCAAUUGUGUUGUGUGGCAACAAAGUGGAUAUUAAGGACAGAAAGGUUAAGGCAAAGUCAAUUGUCUUCCACCGAAAGAAGAAUCUUCAGUACUAUGACAUUUCUGCCAAAAGUAACUACAACUUUGAAAAGCCCUUCCUCUGGCUUGCUAGAAAAUUGAUUGGAGACCCUAACUUGGAGUUUGUUGCCAUGCCUGCUCUUGCCCUGCCAGAGGUGGUCAUGGACCCAGCCUUGGCAGCACAGUACAAGCAAGAUUUAGAGGUUGCUCAGACAACUGCUCUCCCGGAUGAGGAGGAUGACCUGUGAGAAAGUGAAGCUGGGGCCCAGCGUCAGAAGUCUAGUUUUAUAGGCAACUGUCCUGUGAUGUCAGUGGUGCAGCGUGUUUGCCACUUUAUUAUAUAGCUAAGCAGAACAUGUGCUUAAUCUUUGGAUGCUGAAGGAGGUGGAUG